CAGGGUGCAGUUUCCUGAGAAAGUGUCUCGACAGCAGAACGAAACCUGUGCCGUUUGCAGGUGAAAAAAAAGUUGCAGGGGCCGCGCGCUUUAUGCAAAGCAGAUGAAACAAGCGACAUUGCAUCCACUCCAAUGACACAACACCCCUCGCCGUUCUUCCGAGGAAAGGAAGACAGUCGUGUGAAGCGAAUCCAACGGCUGCAUUGAAGAGAAGUGUAGCCGCGGUCCUCGCAAAGAGUGCGCGAUGAGUCUGAACGAGCACUCCCUGCAGGCUCUGUCCUGGAGGAAGUUGUACUUAAGCCGAGCGAAGCUCAAGGCUUCCAGUCGGACAUCAGCUCUUCUCUCGGGUUUCGCUAUGGUGGCGAUGGUGGAGGUGCAACUGGAGAGGAACGACGAGUACCCACCAGGUCUGCUGAUUGCUUUCAGCGCUUGCACCACCGUGCUGGUGGCUGUGCAUCUGUUCGCCCUGAUGGUUAGCACCUGCAUCCUGCCCAACAUCGAGGCCGUCAGCAAUGUGCACAACCUCAACUCGGUGCGCGAGUCGCCCCACGAGCGCAUGCACCACCACAUCGAGCUGGCCUGGGCCUUCUCCACCGUCAUCGGCACCCUUCUUUUCCUGGCCGAGGUGGUGCUGCUCUGUUGGGUCAAGUUCCUCCCCAUCAAGCCGCGCACUGCGCAGCAGGACCGCAAGAACGACACCAUCUCGGAGGGCGUGGCGGCCGCCAUCACCUCCACCGCCAUCAUGGUGCCCUUCGGCCUGGUGUUCAUCGUCUUCGCUGUGCACUUCUAUCGCUCGCUCGUCAGCCACAAGACGGAUCGGCAGUUUGAAGAGCUAGAGGAGCUGUCCAACCUGACCCGGCUUCAGGACGAGCUGGACCAAAGGGCUGAGGCCCCCAACAUGUCCCCCCCUGCCAACUUCCCAUAACGAGGCACAUGCUUGUUACCCUGAAAAUCCUUUUUAAGACUCUGUGUUUUGACGGACAAGUCACUUUUUUUCUUUCUCAAUGCAUGUACGUAGAAAAGGGAAUGUUUCAUUGCUUAGUAAUUUUUAAAAUGUCACUGUUGUGCUGCUUUUGGGGGAGUUUUAGAUAUUUACGUAGAUGUAUUUUUAAAACACUUGAGUGCAAAUACUGUAGGAAUGGUUAAGAAAAUGACUACUUUAAAGCAUGCUUCUUUUUUUUUUAAGAAAUUGAAUGUAAAGUUUGUUUUCCCCCAGACACAGCUAGGUAGUGUGAGCUUGAGCUGUGCCGAAGAAGAACUUUGAAAAAUGACUGGGGUGAAAGUAAAAAAAAAAAAAAAAACAUAUUUGUGUUAUUUCUUUUACUAAAUGGCUUGAACUGUUUAAACUGUAGUGAAAAGGUCCAGGACAUAAUAUAUUAAUGUUUGCUUUUGCUCUCCAUUAAAUACUCAAACAAACGGCCUUCACCUACACCUCAGGAUGAUGGUCUCAUCAAGCCCCCUGACUGUAACUAUGUGGUGUUAUCGGUAACUCACCAAUUUCAGUCAAUCAUGGUGUUAUGCUGUGGAAAAGAUUUCAUGUCGUCAAACAUAUCAGUGAUUAAUAAUACAUGCUUGUGAGCAGUCCACAAGCUUUGGAGCUUAUUAUGCCUCACUCUCCUAUCACUUACAUUAGGUCAGUUUAAUUGAUUUUUAAAUGCUCCAUUUCCUCAAUUUUUGUCAUUGGUUGACCCAUUGAUAUAAUUUGGCCAUGGUCAACUCAUUUAAGAUUAAACAUAUUUGUAUCCAAAUUAAAUGAAAUUGUGGCUCCAGGGCAACCCACUCUUAUAGUUUAGCCGUAUAAUGCUAAAGCUGAUAAAACAGGUGUGUUACUAGAGAAUCUCAACUAGAAGUCAAGUUUUUGUCUGGAGUUGAUGCAGUGGUUUAGUGCCAUAUGAAACUGUAAGUUACAUGAUUUAAGUACAGUGUAAUUAUAAGUACUGUUUGUACCAAAGAUUCAGUGCAUUUUCGAUAUAAAUUUGACCAGGGUUUGGUCUGUGUUCGGUAGUGUCAGUAGUACAUUUCUAUAAUUUCCAGACUUUCUAUGCAGUUUGUUUGAAUAUAGUGCAUUUAAAUUAAACAAGCCAAGAUGUUGUCUAUAUUUGAAUUUAAAUAUUUUAUACUGUGGA